AUGUCUCAACAGAACCUGUCUUUCGAGUGUGCGAUUGUCACUGGUGGAGGUGGAGGGAUAGGACGAGCCAUCGCAGAAUGGCUUGUGAAACAGGGCAAGGAUGUGGUUCUCGUUGGACGGACGGAGUCGAAGCUUCAGCAAGCGGCUAGGGAAAUGGGAGCCUCAACCACGUAUUACACCCUGGACACCGGAGACGUCAAAGCAAUACCACAAUUUGUCCAGAAAGUCAUCAGAGAGCACCCAAAAGUCGACUGCCUUAUCAACAAUGCUGGCGUCCAACGUCCACUUGAUGUACACAAUUUUGAUCUUGCUAAAGCAGAUCAAGAAAUCGACAUAAACAUUCGCGGUCCUAUGCAUCUUACAAUCAACUUUCUUCCAUAUUUCAAGACCAAAAAGAAUUCCUUGAUAGUCAAUGUGACCAGUCUAUUGGGCUAUCUUCCUACAAGCGUCAUCAACCCAGUUUAUAAUGGUACCAAAGCUUGGUCGCACUUUUGGACAAUGAAUUUGCGAACGCAGCUGAAAGGUACCAACAUAAAAGUCAUCGAGCUUGCACCGCCAACGGUAGCCACAGAUUUGCACCGAGAACGCGAGAAUCCCGAUGACAACAAAAAGGACAAUAACGCGAAUACUUUGAGUAUGGAGGAGUACAUGAGCUUUACCACAAAGGACUGGAUAGCUGGCAAAGAGGUCAUAGGAGCUGGCAUGAGUCAGGGCGUCGUCGACAAAUGGUAUGAUCUGUUCGGUGAAGACUACGAGAAGGCGACUAGUACGGAGUAG